GGGGCAGUCCGGGUUGGUUGGGGAUGAGGUGUGAGCAGACACACGGAGCAGACUCCCAGACCGCUGCGGACCAGAACAGCGCGGACCCCCCUGCACCCCCCGCGCGCGCCGCUGCCGCCGCCGCCGCCGCUGUUUUCCUCCGGGAGCUGAGAUGAGCGCCAUGCCUUUGUCCGGGACGCGCCGCGAGCCGGCUCGGGUGGUUACUCUGUAGCGUCUUCCGGAGUUCCCCGCAAGUUCUGGCUGUGUGGUAAAACAGAUGGACGAUCUGGAUCAAACCGCCAUCGCUUCUCGUUGUGGAUCCUGUAAAGUGGAUUUCUCCGCUGACUGCUGGCGCACAGACGCUAAAUAGGAUGCUCCUUGCUUUAUCUUUGCCUUCCCUUUCUCGUCAGACGUGCUGAAGACGCGCGGGGCUUGAUCCCGUUUCCUUGACUCGAGCUAGCUUCUUCUGACCUCCCCGCACCAUGAGAGCAGCUUUUCUACUCACUCUAGCUCUGGCUUACGUGCUGACUCUGACCGGGGAAGCCCACAGGCAGGGUCACCUCAGACGGACCAGAGGCGGUCCGGGCGCCGCCGCCGCCGCCGGCAGACAGCGGCCGGUCGGCGGCGGCGGCGCCCGCCCCGGAUCCGCCCAAGCGGCCGCGGCGGGGCUGAACUCCAAACGGAGGGGGGACUUUCAGGCUGAUCAGAGCAACACGUUCUCCGCCAGGACAGGAGCCGUGCAAGGCAGAAGAGGGAGGGGAGCAGGGAGAGGAGCGGGCGGACGGGUAGGCGCCAUGCUGCAGGACGAGGGCGCUCCGGGUCCGGGAGGAAGGGGUAGACUCGGCGCCGGGUCUCCGAACCUCCUGGCCAGUUUCGCGGGGAAGAACCGGCUCCUGGUGAUCUCGGCUCCUCACGACUCGGACGGAUACUACCGGAUGAUGAUGUCACUCCUCAAACCGGAGGUGUACUGUGAGCUGGCCGAGCGCCACGUGCACCAGAUCGUCAUGUUCCACCAGGAGGGAGAGACGGGAGGCAAGGUGAGGAGGAUCACUCCGGAGGGGAAAGUGAUGGAAGAGCCUCUGGAUACCGCCCUCAUCCCCAGACUCAUGAGCUUCCUCAAGAUGGAGAAAGGGAAGUUUGGGAUGGUCCUGCUGAGGAAGACCCUGCAGGUGGAGGAGCGGUAUCCGUAUCCGGUGAGGCUGGAGGCCAUGUAUGAGGUCAUCGACCAGUCACCCAUGCGCAAGCUGGAGAAACUCCGGCAGAAAGGCUUUGUCCAGAAGUGUAAAGGAGCCGGCGUGGAGGGCCAGGUGGAGGAAGGGACUCUCCCAGGGGGCGCUGUAGAUGCACCAGUUUUGAGAAAACUGGACCGGAAAGAGUUGAUUAGGAAACCAAUUAGGAGACCAACACAGGCUACUACUACAACAACAACAACAACAACGGCUGCUACGACGACGACGACGACAACAACAACGCAACCGACCACAACAACCAUCAAGACCACGACCAAACCCACCACCACCACCACCAGGAGGACCACCACCACCACCACCGCUAAGCGGCCCACCACCACCCUGAAGCCAACCAAGGCCUACACCACCCCAAACUGGCCCCCAGCACCCAGGACCACAGCGGACCCCUACAGCCACAGAGAAAGAGAGCGGUACCCCAAAACCACCCCGGCUGGAGAUAACCACACCGACAAGGAGGGCAGAGACCCACACAGCCACAAACAGCCAGGCCUCACGCCCGCCUUGAGCAAGCCCUCCAAGAGUAAACCCACGAAGAAGAACGGAGGCCAGAAGGUGCUGAGUAAUGAAUAUGAGGACAAGUACGACCCGGGCAAGCCGGCGAUCCUCCACCCGGAGGAGACGGAGACCCACCACGACGUCAGCGGCACCAAGAAGAACAGAGGCAAGCAUGACAAGCACAACAAGAAGAAGAAGAAGAGUGACAAGCCCACCAAAAAAGGAGAGAGGAGAGGAGGGAAAGCCGGGAAGGAGGGGAAGAGCGGCGCGGUGAAAAACGGAAAGAAGCUCUUGAAGCAACAAGAAAAAGAGGAGUACCAGAAGCCCACCAAGAGACCACCUCCUCCUAAAGGAUCUCUGACCUCCUUCCUGGACUACUUUGAGAACAGGAGGCGUCUACUGCUGAUCUCGUCCCCUGGAGAGGACAGCAGCAUGUACGUGCAGCAGCGGGACGAGUACCUGGAGACGGUGUGUGAGAUGGCCAUCAGGAAGGUGUCCAUCAUCGCCGUGUUCGGCUCGCCUCGCAACUCCACCAUGAAGAUCGACCACUACCAGCUGGAGAAUGACAAACCGAUGAAGGGUCUUCGUCAAGAGGAUCUGGUCAACCAGGAACUGAUCAGUGAGUUGAGAAGGGAGUUCAGCAUGACGGGGGAAGACUUCUCCAUGGUCCUCACCGACACCGACAUGAGGGUCAAGCAAUCCUACGAGGUUCCCAUCGCGAUGAAGGCGGUGUUCGACUACAUCGACACCUUCUCCUCCCGCAUCCGGGAGAUGGAGCAGCAGAAGAGGGACGGGGUGGUCUGCAAGAAGGAGGACAAGCCCAGGUCGCUGGAGAACUUCCUCUCAAGGUUCCGCUGGAGACGUCGUCUCUUCCUCAUCUCCGCCCCCAACGACGAGGAGUGGGCCUACCAGCAGCAGCUGUACGCCCUCAGCAGCCAGGCCUGCAAUCUGGGUCUGAGACACAUCUCCAUUCUGAAGCUGGUCGGCACGGAGUCACCUGACAUGGGCGGCGUGUUGGAGCUGUACCCCAUCAACGGAAGUGCCACGGUGGAGCGUGAGGGGCUGUCGGCCAUGCUGGUGAAGGACAUCAGGAACUACUUCCAGAUCAGCCCUGAAUAUUUCUCCAUGCUGCUGGUGGGGAAGGAUGGCAACGUCAAGUCCUGGUAUCCGUCGCCCAUGUGGUCCAUGGCCAUCAUCUACGACCUGGUGGACUCCAUGCAGCUUCGCAGACAGGAGAUGGCCAUUCAGCAGUCUCUGGGCAUGCGCUGUCCGGAGGACGAGUACGGAGGAUACGGCUACCAUCAGCACGGGUACGACCACGGAUACCAGGACGGAUAUCACCAAGGUUACGGAUACUAACAGGCGGCGGGUCACCCAGCUCAACUCUUCCAUUUGACUCUUGACCUUCUGCUCUCUCCUACCCAUCCUCAGCAGGCCGGCUCAGUUGUGUUGAGGUCCUUUACAUUAUAUAGCACUUAGUGGAAGCCAAAGUCCCGUUGCUUUCACCUUCCCAGCUCUUUACUAGCUGGUUCUGUAAGGGACCGGGACCUUCUGUUGGAAGUGGUCUGUGGAGAUCUCUAAAGAGGAGCCUGGAUAUUCAGGGAUCUCCUCCAUACUCACGUGUACCCCUCAUAUCUCCCAACAGUUCCCAGCCUGCCACAUUAUCCAUCUCUCACCACCCUUUCAGCCUUACGUUACAGCUUCACCCCAGCAGCACGGGCCUGGGCCUGUUGUGUAGAUACUGCGCUAAGAUAAGUCAUAAAGGCAUUUGUUGGACCCUGGUGCACCCGAGGUACAGUUGACCAUGACCGGCUGUGUGGAAGGUAGCACAUUAUCCUCUCUUGUCAAGGUCCUGUUGCGGGACCGUGUUCUUAUUUAUGCUCUGUUGCGCUUUUACAAAUAAAUGUUUGUUUAC